AUGACCACAGCUGACACAAUAGAUGCAUCACACAGUGUUAAAGAAUGGCAUUUGGAAAGCUUAGGGUUGCUUGCAGGAGGCACAAAGAGCCUGGAUCAAAAUCAGACUACAGAAAUUUUGAAGACACGGUUCAGUACUUGGACACCUAUUGAAAACAAAUCUCUUAACAAUCAGGUGAGCUGCAGUCACACAUAAUUCAUUUAAUCGUUGUGCUUUCGGCCUUCAUUGUACUCCUAAAGCUUACACACAAACACACCCUUGCAUAUUGAUUCAUACUUUCAUAAUUUGAGUAGGAAGGACUUACACGUUUUCAGAUAUAUAUUGAUGUCAUUGCAGCAUAGGUGUGCCUGCCAGCUGAUGCCUUCAAAUUCUGGAGUGACAGGAGUUCUGACCGCUAAUCCUUGGCCUUGCCUAAACCUAUCCCCACUCACUAAGUGCAAUAUCACAGCACUUGCUAAGUUAUGAAAUGUCAACAAUGAUGCCCGCUGCAGGUCAGGACUAUCUGAGGCAUCUUUGGAAAGUGGUAUCUACAUCGUAACUUAUAAUCUACUUUCUAUAAUUGUUACUGAAAACAAAUAAAAGAAAUAAAGGCCUUUCCCACGGACAUCCACCUACAGUAAGAAAAGGUCCCAACGGGUGCAAGUUAAGUCUCUACAGCAGCCUCAUCUGCUCAGACAUUUCUAUUGGAACUUCCAUCACUGUUGUAUUCAUAGGUGAAUGGGCUGCACCAAAUAGCUCCCGACUUCUGCCUGUACAAUGCAAACAUAUGGAAGGAGGAUUUGCCAGAAACCUCCCUUGGGAGCAAGUCCUUGGCUCUUUUGUCUCCACCCAAUGUUUCACUCUUUGUGUCUCAGAAUGGGUCCAAAUAGUAACCUCCUCACACACAGAGAAACAAAGUCCUGCCAACUACAGGUUUUUACAUGUUCUUUAACCCCUUUAAAGGGGAUAGAAAUACUAAGUCCCGUUUUGCAGCCAUUUUAUGCCUCCUUCUGUUCUUCUUCACAACAACAAUAAUUUUUUAUUUAUAUUUUUAAAACUUAUAUCCCACCCAUCCAGCUGGGUUUCCCCAGCCACUCUGGGCAGCUUACAACAUAUAAAGCACAACAAAACAUCAAACAUUAAAAAACAAGAUAUCCUAUACAAGCAACAAACAAACCAAUAAAUCAAUAAAACCAAUAACAAUAACAAUAAUAAAUAGUUUACAGUUACAGUGGUACCUCGGGUUACAGACACUUCAGGUUACAGAUGCUUCAAGUUACAGAUCCUUCAGGUUACAGACUCCGCUAAACCAGAAAUAGUACUUCGGGUUAAGAACUUUGUUUCACGAUGAGAACAGAAAUCGCGCAGUGGUGGCGUGGUGACAGAAGGAGGCCCCAUUAGCUAAAGUGCUACCUCAGGUCAAGAACAGUUUCAGGAACAGACCUCCAGAACGAAUUAAGUUCUUAACGCGAGGUACCACUGUAUACCCAAAUUAAAGUAACCGCCAACCUCAACUAAACAUUUAACUAACACCCACCCAACAAAAAUGAAACAGAGGAACCAAAAUUAGAACCAUUUAAAUCAUUUUAAAGCAUUUUAGCCAGUUGCCCACAAUAAUCAUGCGAGGUAGGUUAGGCUGACAAUUGGUGACGGACCUAGUUUAGGAAGUGAGCAAAAACAAUGGGAAGUGAUUUUAAAAUAUGUAACUGAAAAUGCUGAGAGUUCCCAAAACGUUUUUUUGUUGUGGUAGGCUAAACGUUUUGAAGCAGCACAUGCUCAAGAGACCUAAAAGAACUACACUGGCUCCCAAUACAUUUCCAAGCACAAUUCAGAGUGUUGGUGCUGACCUUUAAAGCCCUUAACUGCCUUGGCCCAGUAUACCUGAAGGAGCAUCUCCACCCCCCAUUGUUCAGCCCAGACACUGAGGUCCAGCUCCAAGGGUCUUCUUCUGGUUCCCUCACUGCGAGGUUACAGGGAACCAGGCAGAGGGCCUUUCUGGUAGUGGCACUCUCCCCUCAGAUAUCAAGGAGAUAAAACUUUUAAAAGACAUCUGAAGGCAACCCUGAAUUGGGAAGUUUUAAAUGUUUUAUGUUUUGCUGUGUUUUUGUUGGAAGCUGCCCAGAGUGGCUGAGGAAACCCAGUCAGAUGAGUGGGGUAUAAAUAAUAAAUUAGUAGUAGUAGUCCAUGACAGAUUAUGUAGUAAUAAAUCUGCCAGUCUUUAAGAUGCCUCAAUAUGUAUUUUCUGGUACCUUAUUUCAUACAUUCCAUUUUGGAGGGAAAGAGAGUCCUGUUUUGGGAAUUGCACCAGUCCCCCAAUCACCUCCACACAAAGGCCUAUUUGAUUUUCUCUUUUUUUGUGUCUAUGUGGCAGUUGCAGGCACACCCUCAAAGGAAAGAUGUUUAAUGUCCAAAUUAGAUGGGGCUCAUUCUUCUUCCCUCAGAAAAGAGACUGAAUGCUCCUUGAGUUCGAAGCAAUGGGACAGUAACACUGACGGGAUUUCAUAAUGGUGUUUUCUAGCCACAGAGUUGCACUUCCUAGAAAUCCCCAGUGAAAGGGAAGUUUACAAAAGAUGACUUUAUGUCAGGGUGUGAAAGAUGAGUGCCAGGGAAAACACUGUGUGAUGGUGGGAGCUGCCCUUUGAGAGAAUCCUGUGAUUUCCCCCCCAGCUCUUUCAGGAAAGAGUCAGACUGAUAAGUCACUGGUUUGACCUGUGGACGGACAAGCAGCGCAAGCAGUUUCUCCAUGGCAUAUUGAUCAAGUGCAAUAAGUCACAACUGAAGUAAGUGAGCCACAAGUUGUUUCCCAGGCUGCGUUUUGUGAAAAGAAAAAAUAGGCUCCAGAGAACACCUCUGGCAAAAGGGAUCUUUAACUCAAGCCAGGCUGACCCCAAUGCCAUCAUUGUCCAGUGUUCACAGAAAGCGAAACACUUACCCGUAUGCAUCCAAAUGCAGGCGCUAAGACCACAUUGUGUUCUUGCAAGAUGGAUACUUAAAAUUAAGGCCUAUGUAUUACAACAGCAGAACUGCCUGGUGAAACGCAUUUUGACAGAGAACAACUUUUGUGUUUAUAACAAUUUUGCAAUAAAGCAUAGCAGCCUUCUUAAACAAUGCAAAAUGACUAUUUAUUUCUGUUAAUGCUUUGAGAAAUCUGUCUCUCUCACAUGGCCAGUAAAAUAUGAGAAUUAAGAUAUAACGAUGGCCAGUACAUGGGACCUUUUUCUUUUCUUUUUGCAUGACUGAAAAACUGCUGCUAAGACUGGGCUGGGGAAACUUUAUUCCAACUCCUAUCAGCCUCAGCCAAGCAACACCAAUAAUAAGGGAUGAUGUGAGUUUGUAGUUCAGCAUGUGAGUUUGUAGUUCUGGCGGGCUAGAAAUCCCUCCUCUCUAUAAGAUUAGAAUAAGCAGGAGUCCAAAGCUUGUAUUUGGCUUUGGCCAUGAAGCUUCAUACAGUAGUGCUAAUUCUUCCAGAAAUGGUCUUCUGUGAAUUUGUAACUUGUGAAGCAGCCUUAAAUUUAGAAAGCCACAAGCAUGUAGUGAAGCUGCUUUGAGCUUCUCAAGGGAACAGUGGGGUGUAUGUGUCAUAAAUACCUACAGAGUUUUUGCAGCGACCCGCAAUGACUGGGUUGAGACAUAACUUCAAACUGUAGUUUGCUUUUAUGUCUGAACCCAAACUUGCCCACAAUCCAUGGUUUAUUUGUAGACGACAAACCAGAACCUGAAAUCACUGUGUUGAAGUUAGUUUGCAAAUUACAGUUUGUGCUAACUGUGGAUUGGUGUUGUGUCAGUUCAGAGACCAUUGACAAACCACAGUUAAGGUGGUUGCUCUGCCUCAAGAGGCUGCAGCAUUGUAGAGAUGGAAAGCAACUUAUCAAACUAAGUGCUGAGCAGACAAGAGAAAUCAAACUAUGCUUUGCCUGUUAUGUCUGGAAGUUCAGACACUGCUAUGUCUUCUUAACCAGAGUUACUGAAAACUAGUUUCACCCAACAUCAGAAUCCAGUCCAAAUCCCAGUGUGCAUGACACAGUAAGCCAAACUAUGACUUACUGGGACCACUGUAAAAUGUAGUUUCCUGAAGAGGAGCUUGUAGCUGCUUUGUUCCUCCUCGAUCCUUUUCCACCUUGGUGCACAAAUUUGCUUUGCCUUAUGAUGUUGUCUGGCUUAAUUUGGCUUACUGUGCCACGCAAACAUGGUCAGUAUCACAUUUAUGUUCUUCUGAGUCUCCUGGCAAUAAUUCUUCUGGAUCUUUCCAUAGUUCCUGAAAGGUGAUAAUUAGAACCUCAGCAGAGGGUAUUAAUAACCACCCACUUAGGCCUGUCCUGUUUCACAGAUUUGCUGAAAGAUGGUUUGUAGAGAAUAUCCCAGUGACCAAAGUGGAUUUCACCACUGUUCUGCCACGUUUCGUAUCUUUGUACAUAUUCUCCUUUCUCAACGCUAAGGACCUUUGUGCAGCAGCCCAAGUCAGCUGGCAUUGGAAGUUUUUAAGUGAACAGGUAAGCUUUGGGUCUGUAUCUCAACUGGGGGGAACCUCAGGCCUGGUGGCCAAAUGUGACUCUCCAAGCCUGGGACUCUUGCCAUACAUGCACUCUGCCUGGCCACGCUCUCUCUUCCCUGGCCAUCCCUUUUGCAUCCUCUUUGCCUGUUUUUUGCCUGGCUACGAUGUGUCCUUAACCUACGCGAAUGCCUUUUUCUUGCUUCAAGGAUAGAGAAGUGUUUGGAGAAACUAGCCUACUGUACAAAGAUAACAUUUACAUCCAUUGCGCUGUUCUCUUCCAUGUGGCCUCCAAACAGUUGCACAGAAGGGAAUGUGGCCCUCAUCCUUGGUAUAUAUGAUCUUCACCAGGGCCAAAACUACAUUUUGCGUUUGGUGCAAGAACACUGUAGUCCUCUUCGGGCAUUUAGGAUAUUGCACAUGUGAGGGAGGGCUGUGGGGAUUGGCAUGCUAGAUCUUUGACCCCUAUCAUUGUUGCCCUCUGCAAGUUGGGAAAUUGCCCCACUUGGGGAGCCUGCUUCUUCUCAUGUAGGCUCCCUACAUGUGUAGUCCCUGGAAAGUUAGGACUUCUCUGUAUGAUCCUGGACUUCAGAAUAAACUCUGAAGAUGUGCUUAGUCAAGGUAGCAUUUGGCUGAAUUGUGCUUACUUGGGAAAAAAAUCUUCUGCUGCUUCUCUUUUUUUGUAUGUGAGGGUAUUUUAAUAUUGAAAAUCACCUUGUGGGGGCUGUGCACCCUGAAAAGUGGAUUUAACACACUUUUAAAUAAGUCACACUUUAAGAUUCUUGGAUGUUUAGACAACAUUUUCCUUUUGAAAACAACCCUCUGUUUUUUACUUCCCUACUCAAAAGGAUUGUCUGUGGAUGCCGAAAUGCAUUUUGUUUGGAUGGUUUCUACCAUACGUUCCUGAAAAAAAUGAGUAUAGUGCUUGGAAACAACAUUAUAUUGCUUGUGCAACUGACCUGGAUUACUUAACUCCGAGGGAAGUUGCUGAGUCUUAUGGAACACUGAGUGAACCUAAACCAGAAAAUGAAGACCAAAAAGAAAAACUACGUGAAAGAUGUCUGCGGAAAAUUAUGAGAGAGAGAUUAACUGUAUGCAAAAGUACGUUGGAUGAAAUUGUGACUUGAUUUAGUUAAUGGGACUUACUUCUGAGUAGAUAUGAAUAAGAUUGCAUCAUAAAUCUAUCCUCCAAGGACAAUUUUAAAAAAAUAAAUAAAGCAAACCAGCAAAAUAAUAUAUUACCCAGGAAAGCAGUGAAUGUUUGGCCGUGUGAUGGAUCUUGUUUCUUGACGCAUGCAGCAAAGUGCUAAGAAAGUUAGAGCACCACAGUGAUGAAUAAGGCUUGUGCACAAGAGCGUGGGUGUAUUCUCAACCAGUUCUCAUUUUCUUCAAUGGGACUUGCAGGGUAGAUGGUGUUAGAUUGUCCUUAACAUCCAAUGAUUGCAUGAGUGGCAACCCCCAUUCCUCUGAAAAGCUUCUGCUGUGGUAUCUCUCCAUCCAGUUUUGGACAAUUGUUCUGCAGACCUACAAUGUUUAGCAGGUCCUCUUGACCCCCCUGGGAAGGGCUACAGCAGGAAAGACAGGAAGGACAAGAUGACUUCCAAAGGCUGUCUUCCACUCAUGCAACUGUUGGCUACAACCCUUAGUUUUUAAUGGUGUACCUAUACCACAAUGGUGUUCCUUCUAAGCAAUGUUUAAAUAGUGAUUUAUCCCUACAGAAACAAAUGGUCAGAACAAUUACAGUAAAAAAAAUUGAAGGAAUAAUUUAAUAAAUAGUAUGCUUUAUUUGUUAUACUUUUUAUAUGAAAAUUAAAUAUGAGAACAUGUGGGAUUUUGGUUUUGUUAGAUGUGGUUUUCUGACAUGCAUAUAUGCUACAGGUAUAUGAAGUGGAAAAAACACAAGCAUGUGCUUGUGACGUGAGGUUGGCACAUGGAUUCAAACAUGUACAUACCUUCUAUUAAGGUCUGUAAUGUGUGCAGCAACUCAGGUUAGCUUAGCUACAAUCUAUAGGUAAAGGUAAAGGGACCCCUGACCAUUAGGUCCAGUUGUGACCGACUCUGGUGUUGCGCGCUCAUCUCACUUUACUGGCCAAGGGAGCCGGCGUACAGCUUCCGGCGAACCAGAGCAGCGCACGGAAACGCCGUUUACCUUCCCGCCGGAGCCAUCCCUAUUUAUCUACUUGCAUUGCACAUGACGUGCUUUCGAACUGCUAGGUUGGCAGGAGCUACAAUCUAUACCCAGCUGCAUAAAAAUUGAAAUCAUCCAGUAAUUGGGGAAAUGUACACAGGGAGCUUUCAGAAUAUUCUGUGCCUUUUGAAACAUCUGGGAUUAAACAGCAUUGCCCAAUGGUCCUUUUCAGAAGAAUUAAUCAAAGCUCGUCCACCUUGGAACUCGGGAUUUUACAGAUCUGGAUUACAACCAAAGUUGCCCCAGACUGUCCAUGACCGAGUUAGAUCAGCAGCAGCGUUGUUUCAAAUGAAGGUAUUUAUUGUUCCAUCAUGUGUUGCUAUUGUUGUUUCUGUUUCAGUGACACAUGACUUGAGUCUUGUCUCUGUCAUUUCUCAUGAAUGAGGCUCAGUGCUUGAAUAGGUGAAGAAUGCAUUUCAGGAAGGCCAGUGGUGGAGGCACCAGCCAAGCCCCAGACCUCCUACUCUUCUUCCUUGCUGACACUGCCUGUUUAUCUGCCCUCAUUGAGUGAGCAGCACAAGGAAGAGUGCCUCUGCUCGAUUUGCCCUUCCCCCUUUGGGAGGAAUCUGUGCUGAUCUAACCCAGAGGAAGAGUCCAGGCAGCAGGAAAGAUGCGGAUUGACAAAAGGAGGGCAGACCAGUAAUAGCAUCUUGCCCAGCAACAUCCCCCCCCCCCGCCCCAAAUCCCCUGAGCUUCUACAAAGUACCUUUUCUUCUUCACAAGUUAGCACCUGGAAUCUGAGAAGCAGAAUUUCUUUCCUUUUAAUUUUCAAAGCAUGGCAGUAUCUCUAAUAUGUAUACAGUGGUACCUUGGGUUACAGACGCUUCAGGUUACAGACGCUUCAGGUUACAGACUCCACUAAUCCAGAAAUAGUACCUCGGAUUAAGAACUUUGCUUCAGGUUGAGAACAGAAAUCACGGGGUGGCAGCGUGGCAGCAGCGGGAGGCCCCAUUAGCUAAAAUGGUGCUUCAGGUUAAGAAUGGUUUCAGGUUAAGAACGGACCUCCAGAACGAAUUAAGUUCUUAACCUGAGGUACCACUGUAUUUAAAGGCUGCAAAUCUAGAAUGUAUGAUAAAAAAAAAGAGUUGUCUCUGCAAUUAAAUUCCAAUACCACUUCCCCAAUAAAUUGGAGACUGUAAAUAUUUCACAUUAUUUCCCCCUUUGUGACUACCAUGACCACAAAGCAUUGCUUGAUAUCCUAUUCAAAUUACAGCUUUGAGGAACCCAGUUUAGCAUACAGGGGUUUUGUUUUUCUUUUAACAAGGCCUCUUAUUCGAUUCUAUGAGAGAAUCAUAGAAUUCUGUGAUUCAGUGAUUGAUAUAACUACAGACACCACAGUCAGGGGAAGAUUAUAAUAUAUGCUUAUUUGAUUUCAACCUCUUAGCAAUCCUGGCUGGUUAGACCGAGAGAAACUAACUUUCCUGAAUCUCCUCACUCAGUUUCAAGCUUGACUGCAGAGUUGGAAAAGGGAGUCUCCAAUAAAAACACCAUAACCAGGUUCAAUGUUGCUGCAGAAUAAUUGUUGACCCAAUUAGCAUCCCUCUGCUGCUGCAUGUACUUGAAAAAGAAACUGCAGAAAGAUCGAAUUGCAGUUUUUAAGUGUAAAGUGAUACACUUGGGGUGGGAGAGAGAAUCCCAGCUUCCCAUAGACACUGAUGGGAUCUGAACUGGCAGAAGGAAUGGGGAGGUACCUGAUAAACAGAAUGUUCAUCACCCAUGAUGGAGGAUGGAAGCCUGGUGCUUAAACUAGGUACCACCACCACCACCACCACCACCUACUCUUUCUCAUUUAAUAUUUUCUCUCAAUGAUUUUAGAAUGGAACGCCUUCCCCGAAGGAAAUGCUUUUCAAACAUAUUUCUGCAGAUGCUAAAUCUGUGCCACGCGUUGGUCUGGAAGCUGAGACACUUCCAAAAAGGUAAGCAGGAUUUGAGAUUUCAGAAUAUCUGUCUUAAGACACAGUUUUCAAAAAUAAUAUCACAUAAUCUGUAUCUAUGUUCAUAUUGAAACUGAAUAAAGAUAAAUGUUUAAAAGGGGGGUAUCACAUGUUAAGAAUAGAAAAGUUCCAAUCAUGUGGCACAAAUUAAUUCAGCAACCAGCUGUUAGUGCAAUCCGAAAUGUGAACUAAAUGCAUUUUUUUUUGUCUUGCCUGGAUAGAGGCGUAUUAAUGAAUUUUUGACUGUGUUUACAUUUGAGAGAUAAUUGUAAGUAAGAAAUUUGAGGAAGGCCAGACCCCAAAAUGUGUUUGUGUUAUGGUCCUACUGAGGGCUUGUUAAAAUGUAGGGUGGCAAUGGGUCUUUGUGCCUUCUUAUUCCCUCUGCAACCAGUCUGCAUGGCUGUCUAGCAUAUGUAAUCUCAUGUUUUCAUUCUGUGUAUUUAUCAUUAAAAACCAGUAAUUCUUUAUGUCACUUUAAGCUUAAGUUUCACUUGUAUUCUUAUAGAAAGAAGGCUGUUGGCAGCUGCUCUGAUCCUGUCUUACCUCACAGACUUCAUCGGACUGUUUUACAAAAUGACCCUAAUGAAACACAUUCUCCUCAGCUAUGUCUUAUCUUGAUAUCAUCCCAUGUUCCUGCUUAUGAGGUAUUCUCAUUGUCUUAUUUACAGAAAGUGAAGUUAGGACUUUGUAAAACAGUAGUUUUGAACAAUUCAUAAAAUCUGAAUAAUAUUUUGAAUAGCAUUUAAAUUCCUUUAAUGCUUAGUUAAAAAAUAAUAACACAAUAGAAAAGGGUUUUUUAAACUUAGCAUAAUGCAAGAAUAGCCCAGUACCUUAACAUUAGUAUAAUUCUCAAAGACCAAUUUCCAUCCAUGUUUUCCACUUUUUCUGUUACUUUUCUAUUCAGUAUUGUGAUUCUUUAUUAUUUUUUAGAUGAUUGUGGACAGUAUUAAGCCUGGAGUGAUUCCUGUAGUAUAUGAUCAUAGUGGCACAACCUUGGAAAGCCUCCUUUAUUAUGUAGGAAAGGCCUUGGAUGGCCAAACGGCAAAGAGUAUUGGGAUUAUUACUGAUGGAGACUCCAGAGGGAUUAACCUGCUUCAAGGUGGGAUUCACUUAAAGUAGUUUAACACUUGAACCUAGCAUAUCACAUUUGGUAUUCUAGAGCAAUAUUGUAUGGAGAAAAUCAAUGAAAUCGGCACGUUUCCUUUCCUUUAAUAAGCCUUUGGCAGCAGGAGCCUGCUUUGAGACAUGUUGUAAUCAGCGAACAAAGUCUGACCUGCACAUGGUUCUGAAUGUGCAGAAUGAUUUUCGCAGAAUAUAGUUCCUUCAGAGAGAAGGUGGCUAGUGCUAUAUGAAAUACAACUGUUAAUGGAAAAGUCUGAACAGUUCACAUGAUUAAUACUGGCACUUCACCCCUGCAAAUGCCCUCCAGGCCAAGAUUUUACCAAUGUAUACAUUUAAUAAGAUGUCAUUAUAGGAAUACGGUUGUUAUCUAUACACUUUGCUGCUUUUCUAUUUAUUGGUUAUAUAUAAGGCUUGUCAACACUCUGCCCAUUGGCACAGAUCUGCCCACAGAGGUAUUCAUUGGUUGGUAUCUUCAGGGCUCCCUCCCCCCACUGAAAUUAGGCUUGCAAGAAGCAUUGUGUUGUAACCAAUAGAAUACACACACAUGGCAAUUUGUGUGUGGUGCCCACAACAGUUUAUCCAACUUGCAAAAAGGUUGGUGCCUCAUUUUAGGUAAUAUUUACUGUUGAUGGCAUGAUCUAUGAUGUAUUUAUGUAUGUUGUGAGGUAUUUGUUGAUACUAUUGGUAUGCUAUUUAUUUAUUUAAAAAAACAAACUGCUUAAUAAAAACAGCAAGCCCUAUGUGGUGUGCAUAAAACAGUAAAAUAUCAAUAAAAUGCAAUUCAACAGAAUUUAAAAAUAUACAUGACUGGUUUAUAUGACCACAUAGACUUGAUUAAACCUUAAAAAGGUUUUCACAGGUGCAUAAAAGUGAACAAAAAUGGUGAGAUAUGUUUUGCAUGAUAUAUAUAACAUUACAUUAUAGAUAUGUUUAAAAAAAUCCUAAUGGAUAGUUCGCUUUGCUGACUUAUUUAAUUUCUUUAAGGCUGUAGCAUCAGUACCAAGAACCUUCUUAAACCUGAGGUGAAAGAAUUUUGGGUAAAGUUAAGAAGCAGUGUGAUGCAUCAGGAAGGUGGUUAUAUAGACAUCUUUGUCCCUCUGGCAGCUUCAGGUCAGUUCUGUUGGCGGCAAUGGCUGGUCCUUCUAUGUUGCUUAUGAAAAGUCUAGUCCAAUAGAAAACCCAACUGGAUUUAAAACAUCCAUUGAUUGUUGCAAAACUAUUAUGGAAUAGGAAGUCCCUGUUUUCAUUGGAGAAAUGUUGAAGGGUAUGGGAAAGAGCCUUUACUGUCCACUCAGAUGUGGGGGUUUUGUUAGUAGUUCUGAAACAAGGGGAAGGAGAUGAUCCACUGACCAUUUACAAUGGCACCGUCCCAUUCUCUGACAUCCAUAUAAUUAUACUCAUUUAGUGGCCACAGCAUUAUUUGUUCCCACCACAUGGAGUAGGAGCAAGAACUAUGUGUAGGAUUAAUUGGCAGUUAAAAUGGCUAGAGUAUUUGUUGGUUUGACAAUGGGUGAGAAUCUAGUCAUUGGCUGGCCUAAAUGCAGGCUGAUACUUUCCCAGCUUGUGUAAAGGAAUAACAUAGACGGGAGUGGCAGGAACCUCCUGUCCACCAUGACGCAAACUGAUAUACUUGGGUGUGUAUCUGGUGUGUCAUCUCCUAAGCUGGCCAAGACUUUGAAACAGCAUCCCAAGGUCCCUUAAGUGUAUUCUCCAGUGGGGAGUGAGGCAGCAACCCAGUUCUCCAUUUUACUUGAAGAAAUAAUGUCCUGAAUGUAAUAGCAGCAGUGUUAGAGGAUUAGUUAAGAAAACUGUAAAUGGUCAAUGAAUCUAUCUUGCCUCACUUCUUCAACUAGGCAAUGUAGACUGAUACUGGAGUAAGUUUUAACAACCAACUUCUUGACUACUGACUGAUAAAUGGGUAGAUUUUUACCCUCUUGAAGAUUUUAACAAAGUUUAGAUGUUCAUGGCCACUGAACUAGUAAAAACCUAUAAUGUUUUAUAUGUUGGCGAUGUAUAAUUGCCAAGGAAGGUUAGAUCAGUUCCUUCUCUGUCUGGGUGGCUAAUAUGUUUCAUUCUGGCAGGCUUCUAGUGCAUUCAAAUUGUAAGCUGUGACUAUUAAAAAAAUUGUUUUAUGCUGGUUUAUAUAAUCUAUGGGUUGGAUGCAGACUUUGCUUCCACUGGCUAAUGGAGGUGACUUUUGCUGAUUUCCCCUUGCCCUCUGUAGCAAUCAUUGACAUCUCCUGCCUUGACAGCUCCUGGGAUGGGAGAUUGUGCUGUGGGUUGGGCUAAGGUAGAAGCGCUUGUGAAAAUUGCUUCCAUUUUCUGACAGAGGGAAGUCUGUGAUAGAAUAGAAGCCUUCAGUGGACAGGAGGCUUUCCAUCUGCGGAAGAUGAAGUCUAGAUCCAACUCUUCAUUGUUAAUAUAUUGAAGUUUAGUGUUGUAAACCACCCUGGGGUGCUGGUUGGAGCCAAAAAGCAGUUUUAAAAGGUUUGAAUAUUACAUGACCAAUAUGAAAUAUGUAAUUUUGCAGAGGCAGGAAUGGAGGUCCUUUCCCAGCUGUCUCAUCUAACUGGACUGUUUUUCCGAACUCCUGCAGGAAUAGCAACCGGAUCAUAUCAACACAGUAAGUGAAAACUACUAUACAUAUGCAGAGUUUGCAUAAAGUAUCUGAUUUCAAUGCAUAUUUUAGAUAUGUUAGGGCCAAUCCUAUCCCCCCUGUGGUCACUUGGCCACAAGCAGAGGCUGUAGCAGAAAUGCUGGCAUCCCAUCACAAGCAAGGAUGGACGAACUUUUAAAUGCAUUUGUAAUCUCCACCGCCACAGAUUCUUGCAAAGAGCAAUGUUGCCUUGGUUUUAGGAGGGUGAGGCCACUGAGAGCUUGCACAUUGUGGGUAAAUCACAAUUAGGCAUGGCACAGCUAAAUGCACCUAUGCUCUGUCUUGGCAGAAGGCAAAUUCAUAUAUAUAUAGUCUAUGGUUGUAAAUACCCACCACCUCUCCCACACACACACACACACACACACACACACACACACAUAUUUAAAGGAGGCCAUUACAUUGCUUGUUAUUGCUUGUUAAGUAAUGGCAUUUCAGAAAUAACUUGUGUGUAAAGCAUACAUUGUAUUAUAAUAAAAAUGCUGCAUAUAAAAGCAAUGGCUGCGUAUCUCUCCCAUCUAUUGAUAAAACUCUGUUUAGACACUUGGCCAAGUACUGUAUUUAUAGUGGUGAGUAUCUCAACAGCUGAUUUAGUGGGGACUGGAGAGAAGAGACACUGAGCCACCAUUUUAAUGUAUAUGCUGCAUUGGUGUGAUUUUCAAACACAAUUAGCAGCUGUUUAUUUUCUUAAAUACAUUUGAUAAAUACAUUGUGCUCACAAAAAGCAGACAUAUUGGCUAAUCUAUUCCUCUAAUAUAUAGCUAAUAUGGUGCCCUCCAGUUUUUGCUGGACUUCAGCUUCCGCCAUCCCAUUGGCAAUACUGACUGGAGUCGAUGUGGGUCUUAACAUCUGGAUGGCACCAUGCCGGCUGCCUCUGCUCUAGUUUGUACAAAUCUGUGGGAUUUAAUAGCCCAGUUGAGUAUCAUUAACACAGCUGAGGCUAAUUUUGUUCUCAUUAUACUCCCUGCUAGAGGAAAAAAAUAUGAAAUCUGUGGCAGAGUAACCCAAAGAAUGGGGAAUAACUUGCUGUGUCGUUAUAGUUCUCAGUGAGUGGUUGGGAAACCAGAAAGAUAGUCCUCCUCCCCCAUCCAUCUACUUUACUGAAGCAAAACUGCAAUUGUGGCUAAGAUUCACAGAAUUGCUGGAAGACGCACUGAAGGCUGUCAGGAAAAACCUGAGACCCUAUUUUUGUGAUUUGCAGAAGAACAUGACUGGCAAGAUUCUUGGUAACUUCUCUCUCUGUUGCCUCCAAAGUAAUUUUUAAAUUAGAAAUAUUAGAAUUAUUGCAAAGGGUUAUACCAUGCACCUGAAAUUCAGCAUUUUUAUGAGACUGUUGAGGAUCACUUCCUAUUCCAUAAUAUAUGUAUGGCUCAAUUCUUAUUUGAUGUUCUGUUCUCAAGUACAGAAUUCAUGUGCACACAGCAAAGUAUGAGGAGCAUCUAUGUAAUUUUCAUGGUGGUCCCAUUCGGUCAAGUCCCAAUCAUGAACAAUGAGCUUGUAUUUGUGGUUAGCCUAGAUCAUAGCUGUCAACUUUCAGAUUUGAAAAUAAGGGAUCAGCAGCCUCGAAAAUAAGGGAUCAGCAGCCUCACCUGUCCCGGGGACAGUCUACGGGAUAUCUAACAAUCUGGGAUAGCAGUGGGAAACGGCGCUGGAAUAAGGGAAUUUCCCACAAAAAAAGGGAAGGUUGACAGCUAUGGCCUAGAUCAUGGUUAGCCUGGAUGAUAUAUUUUCCUCUGUUUGGAGGAAACUUGCCUGUGUGCACUGCUUAUAAGUGAGAUGCUUAAGCCUAAAAUGCAUUUUAUAUGUUUGGCUGCAAUUUCCACUCAAGAGGAUGGAAAAAACCCUUUUGUUCAAAGAUACUAAUCCACAUCUGCUGACUCUUGGUUUUUUGUUAACCAAAAUACAGUAUCAUAUAAUCAGGUGGAGUCAAUAAGGCAGCCAAAAUGUUCAGGUUUCUUGUUACCUUGCUUACAUUCCUAGAUAUGAUCAAGUCGGUCAAAUAGAUUAAUGAGAAAUUAUGAGAGAUGUCCCUCCUUAGCAGCAGGGUUUAGUGUAAUCUGUUUGAGGACGAAAGCAAUCCAGUGUUUUUCCUCUGCUGCAUAAAGACACAUGGCUUGUUUGCUGAAGUAAGUUUGUGUACUUACUGUGUCAUUGACCCCUACUUGUAUGUAGGACUGCACAGCAGCGUAAUUUGCCUGAAUACACUGGGUGUUCCUGAAGUUAGUGGAAUUUAAGUCUUGUAUGUUCUUGAAGGUCCUGACCUACCCCUGCUACUUGAUUGACUAGUGCAAUUAAAGCUGGAUGUAGUCAUAUUCAUUCCUUGAAUAUGACGCUGUGUCAUAUUCAUAUUAGUAAAACCUCAGCGCCUAGGACUUGCCGAUCGCAUGGUCGGCGGUUCGAAUCCCCGCGGCGGGGUGAGCUCCCAUCGUUCGGUCCCAGCUCCUGCCCACCUAGCAGUUCGAAAGCACCCUUAAGUGCAAGUAGAUAAAUAGGUACCGCUUUAUAGCGGGAAGGUAAACAGCGUUUCCGUGUGCUGCUCUGGUGCCGGUUCGCCGGAGCAGCUUCGUCACGCUGGCCUCGUGACCCGGAAGUGUCUGUGGACAGCGCUGGCUCCCAGCCUCUAGAUUGAGAUGAGCGCACAACCCUAGAGUCUGUCAAGACUGGCCCGUAUGGGCAGGGGUACCUUUACCUUUAUGUUCUUGAAGGUCCUGACCUACCCCUGCUACUUGAUUGACUAGUGCAAUUAAAGCUGGAUGUAGUCAUAUUCAUUCCUUGGGUGCUAAAGUGAAAGAUAAUCAAUUUCACCUAAGAAAGGUUAGCAUCACUUCAUGGCGGGAUCUACCAGCAAUUAGGUCAUGUGGAAAGCUCUGGCUGGCAUAUGAUCAGCUGCGACACCAAUGCCAUAAUGCAUUUGAGCAGCGAGCUGAUGCCUUGGAACUGAUGAUUAGCCAGAGCAAUUGUGUCGGCCUUGCUGUCAAUUGCAUGCUACACCUCAUCAGAUAAUCUAGUUUGCUGUGGAUCCCCCUUAGCUGUCCAAAAUAAAUAGAGGAAAUAAAAUUGACUCCAUCUUUAAUGUCUAGUCUGUUGCAUCUUAAAAGCGACUAAUGUGUAACUAUUUAUGUGCAGGUCAAAUUAUGUUUGAUGCUGUGAGCUGGUCAGAUGUGCAAGAAAAGCAAAGAAUAGCCGAGGUUUUGGUUGAAGGAUUAGUUGAACUCUCAAGAGGAAACGAUGUAAGAUAAGCUUAUUCUCUUUAAGUAUAAUGGUUAUGCCCCUCAGUUUUGAUUUUUGAAGCUUGUUCCCAUUCCAGAGGCUAUUGUGCUGUAUUUAAGCCAAUUUAAUGGACUGUAACAUUGGUGGGAGCAGAGAAUAUUCUCAUUGCCAAGACCCUAAUUGGCAGGCUCAUGGAUAAGUGUUCUCUUUUUAGAAACUUUUAUUAGCUGUGCUGAAACCUGGCCUUCAGUUUCUCAAAACUUUUAUUCACCUGCAGAAGUGAGUUUCAAUUUUCUGCUUCUUUCUUGGGGCACUUUAGAAUUUCUUUAUAAUUUUGUGGGGCGUGGGGUUGAACUGAACUUAUUGUUGAGAGAUAGCUGAGGAUGGUGUGUGGGUGUCUAUUUUUCCUUUCCGUUUUGUGGCACUCAGCCUCUUGAGUGCUUCCUGAACUGAAAAAAGCCUCUUGACUAUUAACUGAAGCACAAGAGGCUGCUUUAUCAGACCAGGCCAUGAAAUAAUGUUGUUGUGCAGCCUCCAUUUAUUGCUAUGGGACUGUGUAAAUCUAAUUUAAUUUAAAAGUGAUAUACGGACUACAGUAUCUCUCUUAUUAGCUGAUAUGACCAUUGACUGCCUAUGCUUGGGAAAGGGGUGGCAUGCAUACUGCCAUACGUUAACCUUUUAUGAUUUCUUAGGAAAACCCUUUUGAAUUUCUAUCACGCUUCCUGAUGAGGAAAUGUAAUAAAAAGGAAGAACUCAAAAGCCAGGUUCUGACAACUGAAAGCAAUCCAGAAGCAAGCCUUGGUGUGUCAGUUAAGGUACAAAAGAGCCGCUUGUUAGCUUUGGGCAACUUCCAUAGUUCUUCUAAUACUUCCUCGUUUUGUUUUGGAACACUAUUCUUGGACAGGAUUGAACAGCUUGCUCUAAGAUAAGUGAAGCAAUGCAUAUAAAGUAGUUUGAGUUCACGUGUGCAAUGAUGUUCGUAGUGUUUUUUCUAUGUUUUAUUUAAUAUAUGUUAAUAACUCCCUCAUAUCUCAUGACUGGGAGACAGACAGUGUAUAAUUUUAUAUUUUUAAAAAGUGUUCCCAUUUAGGUUCUGUGCUCUAAUUGGUAACGUGAUGAUGAGUGACCUUUGAGUACAGAAACUUGUAGCCGCAAUGGCUGCUGUUUAGCUGAUGCAAUACAAAUGAAGCCUGUUUCUAUAGCUAUAAAGCAAGUGUAUUUCUGAAUCUGUUUGAGAAUAGCUUCAGUUUAUAUUCUCAGAAUAAAUCUAUGUAGCAGCAUAAGAAUAUUUAAUGAUAUUACCUGUGAGAACAAAGUAACAGCACAGUCUUAUACAUUACUUAGAAGUAAGCUGCAUCGAGUUCAUGGGGCUUGUUUCCAGGUGAAUGGGUAUAGCGCUACAGACUAAGAAGCUUUUCAGGUAACACAAACCUUUAUGGUCUUCUUUUCUGCUUGCUUAUUUAUAUAUUUAGCUUACCUUAAUAACAAACUAGGAUGCCUUAGAAAAUUAUAAUCAAAACUUUUAAAUAUACUCAGAUUAUAUUCCAGCUACUGAAACAAAACAAAACCCCUUUAAAAAGUGUUACUGAUUUGUUUCUAAUGUAUCUUGGGCUUUCAGACCAGCAAACUUGAUAAAGAGAUAGCAGAGAAGCGAAAAAGCUUUGCCAGAGAACUUCUCUUAAGUGAGAGGAACUAUGUGAACAUGCUGGAAAUUGUACGAGAUGUUUAUGUUAAACCGCUAAAGGCCGCGCUGGCCUCACAUCGAGUCAUCCUAAGCUAUGCCAAUGUUCAGACCAUCUUCUCUGAUAUCUUGAACAUCCUACAACUGAAUAGGUAAGUUUCACUUAUUGUUCUGAAGCACAUUUAGAUUCUUUAAAAAUAAAUAUCCCAACACUUAAGGCCUGAAUUCUAAACAAAGUAGAUGUGAUUGGGAUUUGGGAUGCAGUAUUUCUGAAAUUAUUAGACAUGGAUCAUUUAAUAUACCUGUGACCAGUCAUACUUGUAGACACAUUUAACAGAAUUUCAUUAUUAUCAACAAGAGAAAAGCAGCCAUGGGAGCCAUGUGAACUUCAUUCAGUACAGGAACUAAUGUUAUUUAGCUAAAAACAAGACAAGACUGGGGUCAUCGUAAGCCUUGCAAAUCUGGAACUAUACUUGAUGAUCUGAUAAAGCAGACAGUCUUUACUUCAGUAUUUUAGCUGGUGUGCAAACUACUCAUUCUACAUGUAUAUUUUCACCUUUGAAUUUUUGUCUCUGGUUAUUAUUAUGAUAUCUGUUUUGUUGUAUACAUUAUAAAAUAAAAUAGUAAUACAAAACUUUAUACCAAAAAAGAGAGAAAAAGCCAAGACUGGGGAACCUGUGGCUUCUUCAGAUGAUUAUAGAAUUGUAGAUUUGGAAGGGACCCUGAGGAUCAUCUAAUCCAACCCUCUGCAAUGCAGGAAUAUGCAGUUGUCCCACAUGGCAGUGGUUUUCAACCAGUGUACUGUAGCACCCUGGGGUGCCUUGAAUGAUGGUCAGGGAUGCUGCAGGCAACACUGGCCUCUGUCCCUCUCUUUCUUUCUUUCUUUCUUUCUUUCUUUCUUUCUUUCUUUCCUUCCUUCACUUCCUCCUCUGGUGCCCUCUUGAGUCUCUGCCUCCCAAAGGCUUGCAAAGCUGUUUUUGUUGCAGCAGCUCUGGCUACAAGCUCCCCAGGCAAAUGGUGCCUCUAGGGCUGGCCAGGGGGUGCUUCCCAGGCCCCUGUGGGGCAGUGUGAGAAGGCACCUCUCUUUGGGGGCAGUGGGAGCAGCUCAGAGACCAGGGACAGCAGCAGCAGCAGCAGCAGCAGCAGCUGCCCGGAGGAUUCCCAAGGAGAGGAGGCUGAGGGAACACUCCACAAGGGAGGCUGUUUGAGAAAGGGUGAGAUGCUGCCAGCUCUGCAGGCAAGGGAUGAUGUAACUGGGCUGCUGAGCCCCACAGGGGCGCUGCAGAAAGAAAGUAGUUGGUCAAGGGAGCUGUGGACUUGAAAAGGUUGAAAACCUCUGCCAUAUGGGGAUCAGACUGGCAACCUUAGCGUUAUCAGCACCACUCCCUAACCAACUGAUGUUGAUAGAUUCCAACUUCCAUCAGCAUGGCCAGUGGCCAGGGAUGGUGGUAAUCCAGGGUGGCAGCUUCUGGGGACUGAGGCACUGUGUCUCCCCCUCAAUGUUCAGAGGGGCCCCCCGUGUAAUGUCAGAACAUUGUGUCUGGUCCCUCAAUCUUCCAGAGACGGUGGCACCUCUGAUGGUAAUUGUACUCCAGCCACAUCUGGAGACCCCCCAGUAAGCCACCUUUGGAUCUGCAGGAUGGACAUGGCUGUAGGCAUAAGACAGUAUGAGAACAUUGCUAAGAUAGUAUGAGAACAACCUCACGUGUCCCCGUUGUACUGGCAUCUCCUUGAUUGUGCUUCCCGUGGCCCAGUGGAAAAUUGCACCCUUAAAGACAAGUUUCUAUUGGCAAGGACUCAGUUUAUACAUCUGAUGUAACUUAUUUCCUAGAGGCGUCUGCCUGGAACAUUUAAAGACUUAACAAAUGGCUGGUUAGGCAAGUUAUCAAAUGUGUUGAGGGUUUAUAGGAAGACGUGUGUUUAUUACAGCUGAUUUAAUGCAGAAGGCUCCCCAAAAAUUGAACACAGAACUGUACAUAGAAAUAUUAUCAGAAGUGACUAAAUGGCGCCACUGCAUGUGACAGUACUGAUGUAACCGAGGGAGUAAAGAACCUUAUGCUUUCCAUGUCUUUCUUGCUGGAUUCUAAUUUUCAUUAACCCCAGGCAGGGUAUGAUGAGACUUUAGGCCAACAAGAUCUGAUUGUCACCACUUGGGAGGUCAGGAAGCAAUCCUACACACUUACCUGGGACAACUUACCAUUUAAAACAUUGGAAUGAAUGCUUAAGUAUACAUGCAUAGGAUUGAACUUUUAGAAGGGCUUCCUAGCUUGUAAAGUGGUGAUGUAAAUCCUAUUCAUUCACCUUGUUCCCCAUAUUUCUGAUUGUCUGCUGAAAUUCUUCUCAGUGGUUGUGGGUGGAAGAUGUUAUGGAUGGCCAGCUUACCACAGAACCUAUAUAGUAAGUUAUUCAUGCCGGAUGCCUAGGGUGGACCAGACAACAGCAUAACUUCACAGUAACUUUGCAGCCUUGAUAUUUAUGUCACUCGGCUUGCAGGAAAACAUGUUGUCAUCAUCACUAUCUGUUGGAACUUGCCUGGAACCUGAUAGGAAGAGAGAAACACCCUUCUCUCUGUUUCACACAGGUGGUUUUCAGAUGAGUUAACACAAAGACUUAAUGAAUGGAACCCAGCCCAAAAAUUAGGAGACCUGUUCAUUCAAUUUUGCCAGCAACUUCAAACAUACACAAACUUCUUCAACAAUUAUGCAGUAAUUCUGAAAACUAUAGACAAGGUAAGAACACACCAAACUCUCAUGAUUCUAAGUCAGACACUCCUUCCACUGCAACAUUUAUUUUUUUUAAACUCCUAUGCUCACAUAUCUCCCUGUCCAAAGCAGCAUCCAACAAAUAGUAACUAAAUAUUAAAGUGCAUUUAAAUAUCUUUGGAAAAGUAUAUUUAUGCUAUAUUUUGUUAAAAGAAAAAGUAAAGCUUAGAUCUGUAAGCAAGUAAUCGGUUAUAAGAAUGUUUGUUUAUUAAAAAUUAAUGAGAUCUGAAUUUUGAGUAAGUCUUGUUUUAUUGUGAUUUUAGUUCUUAUUUUUAUAUUAAUUGGUAUAUUUUCCAUCAUUAAAAAUUAGAUGCAAUCAGGAAAAUAAUAAAGUUACCUUAUGCAAACUGGAUUACAUGCCUGUAUUUGUUUCACUGCUUUCUGCCCACCAUGCCCUGUAGAUAGUCUUAACAUGAUGCAGUUUCCAGGAUGAUCCUAGGCUGUGUUCUUCUACUGUAUGAUAUUAUGGGGUUGGGAAUACUGGAGUGCAAUAGCCCAGUAAUCUGUGCACAAAGCAUGUAAUUUGGAAGUUCCCUUCCCACUCAGCCUUGUCAAUCUGGCAUCUCAGAGCCCUAUCCUCCCGAGGAUUUGUGUCACAACAGUUCAAGGUGCAUCGUGGGAAAGGGCUUCACCAGCCUCAACUUUCAAUAUUGAAAGGGAAACUAAGUGUUGUACCCAACUACAUUUUAACUUGCCUAAAUUAGGCUUGUCCAUUAAUCUCAGUGGGUCUGCAUUUUGUAAAACUAACAUUGACUAAACCCCAAAGCACAAGAGGUGCCUGCAGCUUCACAGCCUUACCAAAAUGUUUUUGAGCUGCCCAUAUUUACUGAGCAGCUACUUGCCAGAUGCUAACACCACUGUGAGCCGGAGUCUAAGGUUCAAGUCUGCCUCAGUGCUGGAGGCAAAGGACAAGGUAUUCCACAGCAGCCCACAGAACUGGGUUAUGGAAAUGCUGCUGUUUGCUCCUUAUUUGGUCCGUAGUUUUAUGGAUUACAUCACACUGAUGGUCAAAACCUUUUGCUUUCACAGUGCAGGGAGACUAUUCCAGUAUUUCGUGCCUUUCUGAAGAGACAUGACAAGACUGUUGCUACUACUAUGAGAAGGUAAAGUCUUGUAGUUUAAAAUAGGAAGGAGGACACUGCCAAAGCAUGGGUGUUUUGUAUAUGCUAGAGGCAAAAAUGGGCAGAGCAACAUAUGUACAUUUUACCUUUGUGCAGUAGGCUAGUUACUAUGUACACACUUGUCUCUAUUCUCCAUCUAGACAAGCAAAGAGGCAUUAUCUGAGUUCAAAGGUACAUUCCAGCCAGGCAAAAACAUUGAGGGUGUGAAGCAGGGCGCAUGAAGGACAUGGCCUGAGGAGAGUUUAGAGUGCCCUAUAUGGAGGGCUAGAGGGCUGCAUUUUACCCCAUGGCCUAAGGGUUCCCUGCCACCCGUUUCUUCAACAUAACUGUCCCUUCAAAAAGAGUGCAACCUCAUCGAGAACAGGCAAACUGCUUACUUCCUGGACUUGUGAACCUCCUACCCACAGAACCUAUGUCUUACCUGCUACACUAGGCCCCUAAGAUAUGGCUUGACAUACCUUUGUUGGUCUUGGGACAUGCAAUGCAAUUUGCUACUUUUCUAAUUAAAGCAUGGAUUAAGUGCAUCUAUGUAACACGUAGCCUCCAAGAAUUUCUGUUGUGCCCAUCUAAGAGGAUUGAAGAGUACAUCACGCUCCUGUAUGCUCUGAGGCUUCACACUCCUCCAGAACACACUGACCGUGAAGAGCUGACUCCUGCAAUUAAGCAAAUGAAACAGUUCAAGGAUUACUUAGAUCAGGUUUGUCUACUACGUUUGUUUUAGCAUGACGACCUUGCAUGGAUCACUAAGGCACUCAGUAGCAAGCGCUCUCAUGGGAUAGCUGUGACUGUGGAGAGCCAACAUAAUUCAAGUUUUGGUUUUGGACUAUUAUUAUUAUUAUUAUUAUUAUUAUUAUUAUUAUACCAGGGGGCAGUUCACAACAUAAAAAUACAAAAUGAGAACACAAAAUACAUAAUAAAAAAGGACCAAAACAAACCAAUAACCCCCUCCCGCAAACACAUUUAAAAGGCCAUAAAAUUCAGCUCAAGGCCUGGUUAUAUAGAAAUUUUUUCAUCUGGCACCUGGUAUGUAAUGAAGGCAGCAGGCGUAGAUGGGGAGCUUGUGGCUCCUCCAGAUGCCGCUGGAGCUGCUGGGUGUUGGAGUCUUGAGGACCUAAGUUUCCUCUCUCCACCUUAAAUGUCGCAAACAGGAAGAUAGGAUAUGUUGGAGGGUUUUUUUAUCCUGCCCUCCCUCCCAGAGAGGCUCAGGGCAGCAAACACCAAAAUCGUAAAUAAUACAAUUAAAAACAUCCACACACCCUCACAACUAAUUACUUCAAGGUUGCCAGGAAAAGCAUCUUUCAGCCAUCAAAUGCCUGAGUAAACAUUUAUUUUUUAAAAAAGUUCCUCCAUAAAGUUAAUGAUGAGUAAGACAAGACACAUCUCACCAGAGAGGGCAUCUUGCAAAUGAGGAACAACCUAUGGGAGCACCCUUGAAGGAUGUUUGGCUAAGAGCAUUACAGAUAAGAUCUCUCCUUUCAUCUUCAUCCUUGAGAAGCUAACUCACCUUAUGUUUACCAUACUAAAAUUCUAGCUAAAACUGAACGUUGGCAGAGAUGAUCAGAUAUUAACUACACAAAGACGCAUCCAAGGAUGUCCUGUAAGUACUUUGUAUAGACAAACGUAGUGUGAUAUAGAGGAAAUGCAUGUAUUUGUGUGAUAAAGGCAGAAUAAUUUGCCAUGGAGUAGGUUGUGCUUGUGAAUAACAAAGGAAACGUAACUAUUUUGUAAAAGUAGUAGUUUCCUCAAAAAUGAAGCACAAGAUAAGUAUUAAAAGAACACACGGCUAUGGCAUAGUGAACUCAAAUGCAUUUGGGAAGAGAGAUUCUAUCUAGGAGAUAGAAUAUGCUGCAUAGGCAAUUUUUGUCUGUGAAACUGUGUGCCUUCGUGGAUACAAAGCACAUCAUUGGGGUAAAGGGAGAUGUAUAAAAUUCCUCCUGAUGUUUAACAGAAGUGUGUGAUUUAACAUACAUCAGCAACCGAGGACAACCAAACAAAAAUAAUCAAACUUUAUCCAAAUAUUUUUAAAUCUUUUCAUGUUUAAUCCACAGAAGUUACUGAAAGCCAAUAGGUAUCUAAUUGCGAUGCAAGAUGUAGCCCAGCUAAACUGCUGCUCAGAGAGAGUCCAUAUGUCAUUCAGGUAAACAGACAGAUAAAAUAAUAGGAGGGUAGAGGAAGAAAAAUGAAGGAUGCCUUUCAAUGACUGGUUGCUAAAUCUGUUUUGCAUAGUUUAUUAUUUGUAGCUGAGGACUGUUAUGUUUAUGAAUUGUUUGCACAUGAAUUCUUCAGUUAAUAAAGGAGAACCUACCGCUUAGAUGCAUUGAUUUCUUUCUUUCUUUGCACAAAACUGGGUGAAUUCUUUCCGCAGAAAUGAACAGUGCUAAUGAUGAACUAACCGGCAAUCAAGUCUAAGCUUUUGGGUGGGACAGGACACUCUGUGGUUAAUGCCUUCUAAUUACCUCUGGGUAUUGCUUUAAUUGUAUCAGUGGCCCAGAGAUCAUUCCUUCUAACAGAAAAAAAAUAUAUUUUUAUUAGCCAUUGGCUUAUUGAUUGAUCCCCUAAGAAAGAGCCAUUACUUUCAGGAAUGUGUUGCAGGACAAGUUCUAAUGCUUAAAACUGAAAAAUUAGAAGAAAAAUUAGCUUGAGACUAAAUGUUCCCUGAUGUUGGGAAAGAUGGGAAAGAUGGAGGGCACAAGGAGAAGGAGACGACAGAGAAUGAGAUGGUUGGAUGGUGUUCUUGAAGCUACCAGCAUGAGUUUGAUCAAACUGCGGGAGGCAGUGGAGGACAGAAGUGCCUGGCGUGCUCUGGUCCAUGGGGUCACGAAGAGUCGGACACGACUAAACGACUAAACAACAACAAAAUAAGCACACUGAAUUAAGAGUUGCACUUUAACAAGUACAGGGUUACUGAUUUUUUUUCAUUUUUUUUUCAUUAAACAUUUUCAAAAGCUUAAUAUACUACUGAUUAAUAUCUGUGUUAGUUUCUCUGAAGUCUAACAUGGAAGACUAAUCCUUUGUUUUCAAUUUUGGCAGGCUGUAUGAGCACACCCAUGAUCUUAGCCUCUUCCUUUUCAACGAUAUACUUGUUAUCUCACAGCGCAGCAUCUCUUACAAGCCAUUCGAACGUAUCUCACACGUUACUCACCAGUUCUUGGCAGUGGUAACACUUCACCAACUCCUGGUUGAAGAUAUUCCAGAUUCCAAAUGUGAGUUUUCCCCUACCCUAAAAUGAUAUAAACAUGGCACAAAAUCUGUCAGGAUAUUUUAAAAAAAUGUAUUUCAAAUUAAAAUUGUAAUAUUGUAACAAAAUGACUCCCCAUACCAAAUACUUAGCUAGCAUUGCAAGGUCACCUGGAUAUUCUUGAGCUUCUGUUAAAAUUAAAACCAGUUGCAAUAGUUAGGGAAAUAGAGGUUAAUGUGUAUCGAGUGCAGAUGAGAUGGUAUAUUUUUCUGCCAAAGCUGAUUGCCUAACAGCAGAUGAAUUCUGCAAUAGGAGCUUGUGUUAAUGACAGUUGUCCUCAGAAACCCAUCCUAGUUUUCCACAGAGCUUCUGGAGAUGGAAAAAAUAUAUCAUAUGCUUCUAAGAGAUCCACAGAAGCUCCAGAAUUCCUUUGCUGGAAAGUCUCCAUUACUGUCUUAAGGCAUUCCAAGUGCUUGCUUACUUUAAAACCAAGAAAACAAAUACCUAAGAAUGUUGCAUGGUGAGGUCCACAAUCCGAAUGCAUGUUUAGGAAAGAUAGCUGCUCAGUAUCUUUAGAUCCAAGGGGAAAGAACUAUUAUACCAGGAAGUAUAGACAACAACCUUUCUGAAUGCCUUGAAAUCAGCAAUUAUCUGUGGAAGCAGCUGCUCCAGGCAAACUUCUCAAAACUCUGUGCAAGGACAGGCUAUUGCCAUUCUAACGGAUGCUGAGCGGCCCCAGUAAUCCCUCUAUUUAAAGGACAGAAGGGGUUAGCAAAACAAUUAGGGGCUUAAUUUUUUCUUAAUAAGUGAACAGACCCUGGCUAUUGGCUCACUGGUACAGCUGGUCUGGGAGAUGGUGUUGGCUCCUCCUGCAGGAGGAAGGAAGUUUGCAUGGCUCUGCCUGUGGACUAUGGUAGGGGUCUCCAUUCCAAAGGUGCUCUGUGCCCUCCAGGAGCCUCUGGUGAAUUACCCUUCCAUCAGAAGAACUCAGGGCAAUGCAAGAGUACAAACUGUGUUAACACAGGUAACAUAACAAUGCCUGUCAGAAAUAACACAGAGUGCUGUAAAUCUCCACAUUAUUCACUGCAGUGGAAAGAUGCAUUUGCUGGUCAAUGAAUGAUUCACUUUGAAAAACAAACCACUUUGUACAAACUUCCCUUUUUCAGUAUCUGCAUGCAGACGAAAACCAGGGAUGAGGAAAAGUGCAAUACUAAUUGAGUAGUGGGAUAAGAAAGGUGUUACUGAAUGGCAACAAGGCCUGCUUUACAGGUCACCAUUUCUGGAGGGAAUGCAAUGCAUGGAACACCAUAAAUGGGUCAAGCUUUCACCACUGCACAUAUUGCUACAUGAUCUCCUGUCUUAGCUUGAAAACUGAUCCUUAUUUAUAAUCUUUCAGAAAUCAGAUUAUUAUUAUUUUUACAGAUAUCAAGAAUGCUUUUCUUCUGCAAAGUCCCAGGUGUCAAAUGAUUUGUUCUACAGAGGACCAUGACAAGUUUAUAUGGCUUUCUGCACUGCAAAGGGCAAUUAUCUGCAAUAUUGAAGAUAAUGUAAAUUGUUCUUGAAAUUUCCCAGCUUUAUUUACUACCUCACCUUCCUGCCGCUUGUAACUGUCAUGCAGCUCCCAAAAGAAAAAGAUAACCGUUCAGUGUCUACAACAGACAUGGGGAAAUCAGGCUGACCAAGGGCCUCAUUUAGCCAGUGGGGCUGUUUCCCUGACACUUAAUGUCAUGAGUGAUGUCUGGUGAGGGCCAAAUGGACACAAAACUGCCAACACACAAUCCGGAGCCUUAAUAGUGCACUCCUGAUUGCACCUUGGCAAGCCAGCUGGGAUUGGUUGUGCUACUGAGUUCCCCCCACUGAGAAUUUUGUAGAUAGUAGUGCAUCAGUAGAAAACAGAGCUGACAGGUGAUGACUUCAAAGUUGCUGGGAUCAGCUGUGUAGCUGCCCCUUGCAGAAAGUGGAGCUUGAAGUCAGCACUGAUCAGAUGAUUGGUGGGAACUUCAAACCCUAUUUAGGCUUGAAUUUUCCUCUGUAGCAUGGGGGAAGCCAGAGAUCCAGAUGGCUAGACCUAGUUCCCUGCCCCUGUCUACAGUAAAGUACAUUUGCUGUGACUUAGUAUUUCUCCUUGCUGUACAGUAGAUAGAAAUUGUUAGUGUGUUGUUAGAUGUCUAUUAAUGCAUGCAGUUACAAAUGUUUAUUCUUUCUCACUCUUUGCUUUGAGUCUCUUUCCUGCUUUGACACAUACCAUGAAUUUUUUAUUUUGUUUGACUUUUCCCUAAUGUUUGAUUUAGGGUGAUAAAUCUCCCAUAGCACAUAAGUGGACUUCCCUUUCUACUCAGCUCCACAUGCCACCAAAAUCUACUCUGGAGGGGAAGGGGAGGAAUCCUGUUGUGUGA